AUGUCCGCGGCAACCGUUGUAAACCCACCACAGCGAAGUUCUACUCCUUCUACCUCUGCCAAUGGCGCUGGCUCUACGUCCCACCCGCAGAACAGCCCUUCCGGUCCCGCUCGCCAUCGAUUGCUCUAUCGUGGAGCGUUGGCGUUACCGGACUCGCAUCUCACAUUGGAUGGCAUCAUGUUCAGCAUACCGACUGUUACGACCUCUUUGACGCCAAACAGGGCAGGCUCGUCGGCCGCUCUUCUGGACAACCCUCUAGCAUUGGCUCUAGAGGUGAUGCGCGGAAGACCUACGCUUAACUUUCUGGGCACAGUGAAGUUAGACGACAUAUACCUUCAUCCGGACGACUGCGACGAUCAAGCCGGUGUUUCCAUGCAUGUUCACCCCGACGCUACGUUAUCCGUCAUUUACUUCGAGAACGUCUUCUGCUUGGAGAAGGUGGACGCAGACCAGGGUGCGAAGAACUUGAGGACCAAAUACGGUGUCCGGGUUGGUCUUGGUGGCGAUGAAAUCCCUGAAUUUGUCAUCUUCGGCCAGCCUGAUGAGUCUGCUAUAAUGCAUCUCCGGGUCGCUCGCGUCCUACCACAACCUCCAGUACAAGCGUUAUCACUCGGAACAUCAUCUGCGGAGAAGCGCAUGCGCCUGCCGCGUCCUGACGAUCCCACGCCGCGCAAGAUACCUCUCACCUUCUUCGGGGAGAAAGUCACUGGCGACGGCAACGCUCGUGGUACCUUAAAGCGCCGUCGGGCUGACUCUAAUGGUGGGGGUCCCUCGAAGAUGUCGCAGAAGGAAAAGGCGGAGGAUACGCUACGGCGGGCCCGGGAGGUAAUGACAGGCGUCGAGUUUAAGCGCUCUUCUUCGUCGGCCUCCCUUGCGGGGCCGAGCACCACGCGAGCUGCGUCGGCCCGUCCGCCCACUGCCAAAACAAAGGGUAAAUCGGAGAAGAGCAGCGACGCGUUGUUCCGGGUGCCCUCUGUUCCACUGUCGCGAACGAAGUCCGCCCCUUCGACUACAAGUGUGAAGGGGAAGGGGAAGGCUCUGGUUGCAGAACCAGACGAGGAUGUCUUCGGUACGGUGGCGGCAGUUGCUAGUCGCGAAGACCAUGAACCUUCCAACAAAGCGUUCCUCAAGCGACUUACGGUCGCCGCACUGAAAGGGGUUUUGCACGUGGACAGCGCGGCGAUUGCUGAGGGAAAGGACGGACCGUCUAAUGUUAAGGACCAUCCGGAGUUCAAGGAGCUUUUCAACCAUGUCUAUCGAGGGGUGUCCUUCGCUGCGAGAAAUUGCAUGCGGGUUCAGUUGCUGGAAGCCGAUGAGGGCAGAGUGAACAUGGUGAAACGAAUGAUUGACUUGCACGUGUCUAUGUAUAUCGGUGGUUAUGGGGAAUCCACGGAGGAAGGUGUACUCUAA